AUGCCGAAGGUGCUUAUCGUUGAAGACGAGGAACCGCUCAGCCUUCUUUUGAGAUACAAUUUGGAAGCAGAGGGAUAUCAGGUGGAGUCCUGCAUUCGCGGGGACGAAGCGGAAAUCCGCCUGCGUGAAAGCCAGCCGGAUCUUCUGCUGCUUGACUGGAUGCUGCCGGGAUUGUCGGGGAUCGAACUUUGCCGGCGCUUGCGCGCCCGCGAAGACACCGAGCGCCUCCCGGUUAUCAUGCUGACGGCACGCGGCGAGGAGGCAGAACGGAUCCGGGGCCUGUCCACGGGCGCAGACGACUAUGUCGUUAAACCUUUCUCCGUCCCGGAAUUGAUGGCGCGUGUCAGGGCCAUUCUGCGCCGUGCGAGUCCGGAAGUCGUUUCGACCAUGCUCCGGUCCGGGGACAUUGAACUGGACCGCGAAACUCACCGUGUGCGCCGGAAUACCAGGGAAGUCCAUCUGGGACCGACCGAAUUCAGGCUUCUGGAGUUUCUCAUGACAUCGCCCGGCCGCGUUUUCUCCCGGGAACAACUUCUCGACGGUGUCUGGGGUCAUGACGUCUAUGUUGAUGAACGCACGGUCGAUGUUCAUGUCGGGCGCCUGCGCAAGGCGCUCAACAAGGGCAAGGCCAAGGAUCCGAUCCGCACGGUCCGCGGUGCCGGUUACGCCUUCAAUGACCAGUUCUCGGUCGCCGGCUGA